AGCCGGCUCGAGAGCGCGGCACACGGGCCACGCGCGGCGUGGCGGAGACGGCGCCCAGCCCGCCAUCCGGCGCCUCCCCCCCCCCCAGAGAGGGAUGCCCAGCGCCCUGAAGGCCCGCAGCGGCCGGCCCUCGGUGGCCGAGAUGCGGGCGGACCUGUCGAGAUUGCGAAAGCCAGAGGCUAAGGUCCUCGAGGACAUAUUCGAGAAGUACCACAGGAUGUGCACGUCUUCAGAGCCGCCCCUGAAGGAGAGAUCGAAGUGUUCGAGCCGGACGUGAACUGGAGGGCCCUGGUGAUGAGCCUCCCCUCCCCACAGAACCAGGAGGUCCUGGGCACGGGCAUCCACAAGGUUUUCCUGAAGGAGACCGAGUGCAUUUACGAGGGGGUGUACCGGUUCCACGUCAGGCGUCUUGACAAGUCUGUGGUGCCCUUCGACUUCCGUGAUGCUUACGACGAUGCUUACCACCAUUAUAAGGACAUGACCAAUCCCAGCUGUAUCACGUCGAGACCGCCCUCAGGGCUGCAAUACUGCCGCACCUCAUCCAGUACAAGGAGAGAUGAUGCUCAAGGAUGGUACCACGGAGCUCGUCAGCGCGCUGUCGGGAGCGGCGUGUUGACCUGGGAGCAGGCGGCGGUCCAGCAUUUCCCUGUGCCGCUCGAGAGCGUCGUCGUCGCCUUCCUCAACGAGAACCAGCUCAAGAUGGACAAGAUCAUGCUCCUGCCAGACGAGGACCGAGCACGGCUUCAGAGUCAAGGACAAGGGCAUCCAAGACAAGUGGAUCGCGUACCACAGGAGCCACGGGCACUUCCGGAUCAUCUCCACGGAUGAGGCGGAACGCGAGGCCCACCUCUGAGCGGGCCCAGCCAGCGCCGCCCGGCACUGCUUCCCUUGUGUAUGGGCUCUCGCCCGUCUCUGGGCCGAGAUCCGCCGCGUGCCCUCUCCUCUGCCGCGCGUCCUCCAGGACCUGCCGAGUGAAGCCGCACCCUGCCCGGCGGUGGGUUCGUGGCGUCAUGCCUGCCGUGGCCGCCGUGCCCCUCCCGGCCGAAGGGGCCCUCACUCUGCGCACUUUUGCGCGUCUCUGCUUCUCCUGACCCGGGGAGGUGGGGGGUCGAACAGCGGCCUCCCCCCCGGGCU